AUGGUCCAAAAUGAACUUAGUUGUUCACAAGCCAAAAGAAAUUUCAUUUUUCAAAUCCUCCCCUUCCUCCUCCUCUCCUACCCUCAUCCCCUGCUUUGUCUUCCCUCGCUCCUUCCCGUGCUCUUCGUUGGUUGCUGUAGCAACAACGACGACGAGGACCUGUCUCAGCAGAAGAUGGAGAGAGAGAGGGAACGGAGGAUGGCGAACAACGCGCGGGAGCGUCUGCGCGUCCGCGACAUCAACGAGGCGUUCAAGGAGCUGGGCAGGAUGUAGCUGCACCUGAAGAGCGACAAACCACAGACCAAGUUACUGAUCCUGCACCAGGCCGUGGCUGUCAUCCUCAGUCUGGAGCAACAAGUCAGAGAGCGAAACCUGAACCCUAAGGCGGCCUGUCUGAAGCGCCGCGAGGAGGAGAAGGUCACUGUGUCCUCGGACGGGGCUCCCCUGUCAUUGGCCGCCGCACACCACGCCGCCGCCGCCGCCAUGGGCGACGGGUCCAACCCCUUGGGACAAAUGUAAAACGCAGCAACAUCUCCUCCCCCCUGAAUGGUCAGAAGAUUUCACUUAUACACUAAUCUGCUGUUGUACCUUUAACUCAAACCAAAUAAUCGGAAUUCAGAAACCAGUCCAGAAACUUUUUAUUUUAUAAAUCACUUGGUAUUGCCAUGGAAU